UCUGUCCUAAACAGCCGGAGCCAUUAAACAUCAAAUAAUAAUAUAUCCUGCUGCACUGCUCCGCUGUAUAUCCCCGGCACAUGUCCAAAACCGAAUGUCUUCUUCUUUGAUUGAUGAUAACUUCACUUUAAAAAUUUACGCGAUAUUCAUCAGAACUAGUACUCGGUGCGAAGGAAAAUAGUCACUCAGCUGUGGCGAAGAAGACGAUUGAGGUUCCAGUCGUCAUCUCGCUUGAUUCGGCGAACGAGGAGGAGCAUCUCUGCCAAGUAAUCCGCCAGGAAGGCACCCAGUCAUCUGACAAGUCGACGGGACCAUAAUGUUGAGAACUAACGCAAAACAGAGGGGCGGAGGCGAGGACGAGGAGUUGGACGGUGCAUGGGCUGCUCAACUGCCAACUUCUUCAACCCAGUGUCCCAUAUUUCGGAAACAGUUCGAGGCCCUUAGCCUGCAGCAGCGAGACGAGUCCAUGGACUAUGAGAGGAAUACAAUGGACGAAGGAAUCGACCUUGAGGAGCCACUAAAAGCUUCAAUCUCUCAAACAGCUGAUGGCGUCAAUGGCAUUCCCACUUUUCAAGGUGAUAAAUCCCCACAUUAUCCAGAGGGCCAACAAAACCCUUCAGACGAAGCUCACCUCCAGGCCCCAGCGCUAGAAUUCAACGAGGAUGAGCCAGGCAUUCAACCCAGUAACCAAAUGAAAAUUGAAGUUCUUAACGUCGUCCCAAGGCCUCCCCAAAUGCUAGUGAAGCUCUACAAUUACCAGAUGAGUGCCCUCACCUGGAUGCUGAGCAAAGAGACCUGCAAACCAGCUGGUGGAAUCCUGGCUGAUGACGUGGGUCUUGGUAAGACCGUUACGACAUUAUCCCUGAUAACAAGUUCACUGAUGUACGACCCUCAGGUUUAUCGAGGAUUUCAUAGGAACUCUGGGGGGACUCUCGUCGUAUGUCCAACUCAUUUAAUGCAGCACUGGAUGAACGAGAUACUAUCAAAGACUGACAUUCGACGAGUUACAAUCAUCCAUCGAGGAAGAGAGAUGAUUCUCCCGAAUCUAACUGAAUGCCAAGUCGUCAUCACAAAUUACGACGCAGUAUCACGUGAUUAUCUGUCCAAGAAAAAGGCCCUUUUCAUGAUUUACUGGAAGCGAGCUAUCCUCGACGAUGCGCACGUCAUCAUCAACCGACAUGCCCUCAAAUCAAUUUGUGUAGCACAUUUGAUGGCACAAAAUCGUUGGGCCCUCACAUCUGUACCAAUUAACCCCAUGACACUUGACAUUUUUCCAAUUCUGAGAUUCCUGAAAGUUCGACCAAUCGAUGAUCUGAGAGUUUUCAACACAUUCCUGGACAUGGGUGAUCCAAUCGAGACAAUUCGAUCCUUGGCGGAGGAGAUCAUGCUGAGGAGGACCCGUGAUGACGUGGUUGCUGAAAUAUUGCAAGACCUGCCUCCCCCGUCAAAUUGUCUCAUUCGGGUUAAAUUGACACCAGCAGAGAGGCGUGUUCACGACAGACUCAGCACCUACUCGAAGACACUUGUCAUUCAGCUUCUGCAUGAGAGGAAUGAGAGGGGAUGGUCGACGGCACUGGGGCCUGACAACCGGGGGGACAAUGGUUACAACUCGUUGCAGGUGACUGAGGCUCAAAAGGCAUUCUUGAAACGUCGAGGACCCGUCGCUAUGCGUCACGUCCUGCCGUUGAUUAUGAGGUUGAGGCAGGUCUGUUGUCAUCCAGGAUUGAUCAGCUGGGAUUUUCCAGAGAGGGAUUUGGUAGGGAGAGUUCUGCUGGAGAGAGAGGACUUUGAGGCGACUGGAGUCGAUGAUAUUGAAGCUGGUGCCUUGGAAGAAACUCAGAGGGAGGUUUUGUAUGAUCUGGCGGAGUUUGAUCGGGCCAUUGGGAUUGGUGAUAAUGAUCUAGUUUGUGGGGACGAGCCUGUGUUUGAUCAGGGAAGCGUGUCCUCGAAGAUACAAGCGGUCUUGAGGCAAGUUCAGGAGAUUGUCCAGAGGGGGGAGAAGGUGAUUAUUGUCUCUAAUUUUGAGAGGUUCCUGCAGAUGAUUGGCCAGCAGCUGAAGAGUAUUCCGGGGGUUCGGUAUGGAGCAUACGUUGGGAUGACGAGUUUCAAUUCCAGAAAGCGUCUUGUUCACCAGUUCAACAAAACUGAUGUGAUGAGGAUCAUGUUGGUAUCCCUGAGGGUUGAAGGUCAGUGGUUGAACCUCACGGCAGCCAACCAUGUGAUCCUUGCGGAUGUUCAUUGGAAUCCGCAGAUGGUGACACGGGCUCGCAACAUGGUCAGUCGACAUGGACAGAUGAGGGAUGUGUUCAUGUACAUGGUUGUUUGCGAGAAUUCUAUUGAGGAGCGCAUUCUGGGAAUUCAGGAGCGAAAUUUGGCGGCUGUUGAGAAAGGAGGGGUGCAACGGGCCAGGGCGCUUGGGCUUGCUGACAUACGCUCGUUGUUCAAUGUUUAGAAAAAUCAUCUUGGGAAUGCCGCCAAUAUUGUUUUUUCAUCAGGUUUAUUAUUUUUUAUCGAAAGAAUGAAGGAGGGAACAUUGAAAAUAGGGCGACAGAAGUAGUGGAGAAAUUUUCAGUCUGGAUAAGUUUCAGAAGAUAUCUUUUAUUGAUGGGAGAAUGGAUGAGAAUUAGUUUUUCGGAGCUGAAAUGAUUUUUUCAUCACGCUGUACGAAAAAGUUACUUUUUAGGCAUGCGAAGCGUGCACGGCAGCCAACACGGCUUUGCAUGCCUAAAACACCCCUUUUCCACACAUUGUGAUGAAAAAUAUCG